GUCAUAUUUUAUUGUAUUUUGGUGGAAUUUUGUACAUAUUAGGCGCAAUGUGGACAAUAAUUGAUUGAAUUUAGUGGUUUCUCUGAGUUCCAUGUAUAGAACUAGUGCAAAACCUCUAUGAAAACUUUUAACAGCAAGAUGUCCGUCGAAAAGGCUGUAGAAAUAAAAAGUAACGAGAUCGAUAAAGGCAGACGUCGUCAUAAAACUGACGACACUGUUGUUGCGACAGUGGCAAUGAGCGGCGGCGAGGAUACAAUGCAAUACAUAAAGAUGGAAAACGCAAAUGAAAGUGCGGGAAAACCCACAGAGUUGUGUUUACAAAGUAACUCGCAUCUUGUAUCUAGUACAACGAGUAGUUUAGCCGAUACGCCUGGUGAUUCUGGUGUUCUAUGCUUAGAUAGUGAGGGCUCUGAGAUCACAAGCCAGGCGCUGAUGUCGCACAGUUUGAUAGGGGCGGAGGAACUGACCUGUGAUAGCCAAUACGACGCCCCACCAUCAGGCUCUCAAGACAUGAUUAAAAGCACGUCAAGCAGCCUCAUGACUCGCAGUGACAUUGACAACCAGAAUAUAGGCGCUACUGACGAUAUUGUACCUGAGCUCUUAGUGGAGACUCACAAAAAGUCACCUAUUUACGAGAACCUGCCAGAUGUAAUUUUGAAAGCUUUAGAAAGCGAGAAGAUUUGUGCAGAAGAGUCACAAGUGCAUAAACCUGCUUUGAGAACCAAUGAGCCAAAGAAGUCUCUGUCAGAGGAUAUUGUAUACAGGAGACGAUGUAGGAAGAAAUCUCAAAGUGGGCCAAGCUCAGUGAAGAAACGGGUAUCAUUCCAUGAAGACAUAUUAAACAAUACUAAAACAGAUAACAUUCACAUAGAAAGGGGAUUCAUCUCUUACAGACCCGAUGGCUCAUACUGUGAUAGAUUUAGACAAAAGAACAACAUAGUGACUGAUAGGUUUUCAUGGUGUGCCUCAGGAGAUAGACCAAAUUAUGCAGCUGAUGUUGCACAGCAAACAAUGUCUGACAGUCUUAUUUACGGUGACUCCAAAAAUGACCGAAGUGGAAUAUUUGAGUACCAACAUUAUGAUCAAGAAUCAGAAAAUAUUGACAAUAAAGACAAAGAUAACAACAAUGAUCCAAGGCCAAAUGGAAAGCUCUAUGGAUGUGACUCCAACAGCUCUGAUUCCAAUUUUAGCUGUGACUCUGAAACUUCAUCUAGUGAAUCAUCAUCCACCAACUCAAAUUCAAAUAAAACUGAUAAUUCUCCAGUACACAGAAAAGAUAAAGCCCAAAAGUCAUACUCCUGUGAUGCAUUUGAUAAUAAUGGCCAUGUGGCUUUUAUGAGAAGAACCUAUUUUUCAGAAGCUGAUAUUGAUCAGUCUCAUGAUAGAACAAAAGUACCCUUAGAAGUAUCUCAAAGUCCCAACAGAGUCAAAUCUGUUUUAAAGAAAAAUAGGUACAUUACUACUAACAUUGUUGAAGAGAGGAAGCAAAACAAGAAAGUCCUAAACUUAUUAGAUACAAAUAACUUGAUUGGUUCAUUGAAAAGUUUCUAUAAAAAUUUCAACUUUAAUUUUGCUCCUGAGAAAGGCUUGCCUGAAAACUGUUUGGAGUUGAGCAAUGUUGUUGAAGCUUUACCUUGUGAUGUCAAUCAGAAUAAGAAACUGUCAAAAAGCUUGGACUCCGGAUUCCAAAUUGAUGAUGAAGAUGAUUUUGUGGAGAUUAACUUAAAUGGGCAGCCACUUGACAAUGACAGGCCUAAGGAAUUAGCACCAUCGAAAAAUAUGGCAUCUAGUAAUAAAAAUCCCAAAGAAGGAUCACCUAGGCAUAAGUUGACAUUGAACAUGAAAGGCCAGCAGGACAAGAAGUCUGCAAACAAAGUAGAUAUUUUGCCAACAGUCAACAAGUAUGUUGUGAACUGUGAGAGCACUGUUUAUGAGCACAAGGGAGUGUCUUACAGCUAUGUUCAUGAUACAUUCCAGACUGCAUUUGAUGCUCCAAAAGAAACCUUUGUCCCUCUUCCUGAAUCUACUCCAGUAAAAGAAAUGGUUAUGAGUGCAAGUAAACUGGAACUGAAUUCAAAACAGUCAGAUGUUGAAACUUCCAGUAAAGCUUCCACCCCAAAAAAGCAGUUCAGCAGAAAUCUUCAAGAUGAAACAGAGUUAAAGAAUGGUCUGUCAAAACAUCUGUCAUCACCUAAAAAGCAGAAUGUCAACAGAUACAGUAGAAAGUUGACAUCUGGUCAGAAGGUGAAUGAGGAAACUGCUCAGGCAAUUAGUGACAAUUGCUCCAACACAGACAAUUCAACCUUAAAAGGAGCUGAGGAUUUCUGUGACGAAUUUUUUGAUAGCCCUUCAAAUCUCAAAAUGCAAUCUAACAAAUCCGCUUUGUUGAACAGAUAUUUGAAAAAUGUUUGUCAAAGAAAAGAUCUUGAAUUGAAAAUAAAGAACAAUAAGUUUUAUCAGGUAAAACUUAUAAUGGAAAAGCGGUUCCCAAGCAUCAUAUUUCCUUUCAAAGAUGUGUCGGAAAGUUUCCCUAUAUCGGCGGCGAGAAUGUCAAGGCUAAUUGACAAAGAAGUUAUAGAGAACAAAAGGCUUUCAGUGCGCCUUCUCACCGCCGACGAGCCUUCGUACUUUGAUAGCUUCGAGGACAAUGUUGCUAUUGAAUGCAAUGAGAAGCUUAGACUACAGAUAUUCUCUUACCCUAAUGAGACUCUGCACAGGAUGAUGAAAGUUCAGUCACCAUACAACAUGGAAGAUGGCUCAUGGACCCCUCUCCUAGUUUUCAUUACGGAUUACGCACUUUACGUUGCUUGUGUUAAAACAGGCGGCACGGCGUAUGAAAUGUUGUGCAGAUUACCGCACAACGAACUUGAUGCCAUUGCUGUGGGUCCUGAAGCACAAUACAUCCAGAUUGUGGAUAUAGCUGGUAACGUCGCGUGUUCUGUAGUGACUGGGGAGUGUUCCCUUGGGCAGCGCCUGGCCUCUUCGCUGGAAUGGAGCGCCCGAACAUCGCCAUUGAGAAUACAGAGACCGCCAGCUAUGCUACCUUUGAGCUGCCGACAACUUGCUACAUCAUUUGCUAAGCAACAACAUGAAAAGCGGAUACCUCAAAUCCUGUUCUACGGGCGCGCAUGUUCUGGUGACGCAGGGGACCGUCUAAUCGAGGCGCCAGGCGCCUUCGCACCGCCACUCGAGGGUUACCUUAUGUGCCGUACUGACAAGAGCAAACGCUUCGAACCCUGCUAUUUCCUACUCAGAGCUGGUGUUCUCCACUGGGGCCCACCCUCACCUGACGGCACAACACCUCUGCCAAACAACAUCGCUCUACGCUCAGUUGUAGGAGUCAGACGGCACAUGGACUCAUCUCGAAGGCCACAUUGCUUCGAAAUUGCUCUCAGCGACGCCAGCCGGUUGUUGCUAGCUGCACCUGACGACCCCACAGCCUCCUCAUGGCUGCAGUCUCUACUAUUACACGCCGCGCAGGCGUUGGAAGAAAAAGACGGCACUAAAAAAGACUCGCGAGCCGGCGGACCACCCGCCGCAUGUACAAUCAUCGUCACGCCUCACGAAGUGAUCAGUCUACGUGACACUCUCGAUAUGGCCUUUGUGGAAGGGGCUGCUGCCUACCUUAAGGAUAGAGGAUCAGAGGCACUGCUCAAAGAAUACAUCGCAGAAAUGCAUCGCGAAGUCGAAAUUUUGGCAUGUGGCUCUAUCAAGAAUUUGACGGCUUUUAAAAUUCCCGACACUGACGAAAACUGGUGUUGCCUGGAGUGGAGCGUAGCAGAGGCCCGGGAGCGAGGCGCAGGACUGGCGCUGGUUAUGGCCAGCAGCGCAGAGCUCGAGCGAUUCAUCGCCGCCGUCGAACAGGCUUUCGGCAACCUCACUUGCGAGCCGUUCCCACUAAGCGUGGUGGAUGCAAGCAAAUCCGCGUGUAGCGCCGCGCACACCAAGUACGAGAUGGCCUGGUGUCACAUGCUGCCAUCGCAGCAGUGAGCAAGUCACUUAAUUUGUGAUUCGAGACAAGUUUUACGCUGUGCGAAUUUAGAAAAAUAGACCGCGUUUGUAAUUGAUGUCGUAUUUGUAAUUUAAAAAUCACAAUUUGAUAAGACUAUAUUGACAGUGCAAUGCUAAUUAAUAUGUUUAUACUUAAGACCUUGGUCACAAUUAGAUACCAAACUGCAAUAAUUCGUACAGUGCUAAGCUUGUGUCGUAUUGACUUAGUAAUACAUCCGUAAAGGUAAGUAAACUUAAUGUAGCUUGAAUUGUUUCACUUAUAUUGCAAAGUGAAAUAAAGUAGGUAGAUUAUCGUACUUAUAACUCAAUUAAAAGUCAGUUAAAAAGACGUAUGUCAAAUCUUAACAAUCAAAUACAUUUUGUUAAUCAGUUCCAUGGAGAAUAAUAU